CUGCCGUGGCUGCGAGCCACCCCUCUCUGCCGCCGCUACUCAAAAUAUAGGAGCACAAAUACUCGCCCACCAAAAAAUUCAGGCCAGAGAUUUCCUUUUUUAAAAUAUUUCCUCUCCGGAAGCCUCUAGAGGCGGAGAAGCGAGCCAGCCACCGAACAAGCCCUUUCGUCCUCUUGCUGCGGCGGCUCAGCCACGAGACGUCUCGAAACUACAAGCGGAUUCGUCCAGUUCUUCUUCUUCUUCCCGGAGCAGGACCAGCGAGGUUUCGUUUCGGAUUCAGGUUUGAUCCAACCCAAAUCCUUUGAUUUGGCAAGGAUUUGAACUACACCAACUGGGGAUCCUGAGUUGAAUAUGAUAUCAAAUCCGGUCAACUGGUACAGUUUCGGCCCCGGAUAGAACCAGUAGUGAUGCCAGAUUGGAAGGUGGGAGAGUUUGAGGGUAAAUUCAAGGAUGAAUUUGCUCAAAGUAAUAACAACGUGCAAGAAGACGGAGCUGGCCCUUUGAAUAUCUCCAAUAAAAAACUCAAGCAUGAGAUUACUAGUGAAAACAACCCUGCAGCAAAUUAUUCAGAUUUACAGAAAUGUAACCCAGAGCACACCCAUUCUACUAGUGUGGGUAUCAACAGUACCGAUGACCAUGUAAGAGACUGCAAAACUGAAUCAAGUGCUUUUCCCUUGAGCACAGAUGAUGCUGUAUCUGAAACAAGAUACCAAACAGAAAACUGGAACAAUUGCCAGUUUGCACUCAACAGUGGUUCAGCCGUUCUCGAUAAUGACAGUGCUCCGCAGAGUGACCUCAAUUAUGGAGAUAAUGAUCUAAACUUCAUUGAUUGGCCUAGCAUUGAUAAUUUCGAGGAUGUUGAUACCCUGUUCAGGAGGUGUGAUUCCACAUAUGGUGAACAACAGCUGGAGAACACUGACGGGCUGUCAUGGAUUCCUUCUUCAGACACCAUUUACUCCUCUGAUGUUGCUAUGCAGACAGGGUUUGACUCUUCUUAUUCAGACUAUGGUAUGCUGGAUGACCUUCCAGCAUUUCAUUGUGCACAAGAUAAAUCCCUGCCAACAACUGAUGAGCAAUUCAAUGGCAAUUAUCCAUUCAACGAGCAAAAGAAUGUUAAUGUAUAUGGAGAACAGGCUUACCAAGGGAAUGCAAUGGAAUUGCUGUCCACUGACCAGAUAUCCAAUGGAGACGGAAAUUUUGAUACGAUUGGAGAGCGAUAUUCAUCAGAAAACUCCAUGCAACAGUUUGAGGACAGGAAGUUUUCUAUAUCUUCAGGAUCUCAAUUAAGCUCCUCACAGAAUUUACUGAAGCAAAAGCUCCACUCAGAUUCAACUUCACCAAGCAACAUUACUUCUGAGUGCUAUUCAGAUAGAAAUUGCCAGUUCAGUCCAUCUGGAUCGUUUGCACAGAGGAACUUGACAGUGCAACAAUCAGGACAGCCCAUAAAUGAUAAAGAACAACUUGGUCAACAAACAUUGAGCAGAAGAGCUUCAUAUCCUUGUGAGAACUAUGAGGUUGGAAAAAAGGGCUUAGGAAAAAGAAGUAUGGGGGAUCGUCAGGAUACAGUGGGUACAUCAAUGGUGGUGGAUGGCUCUUUCGUGUCGUCUCUUUCUUCUGAUCAUUCAGUUGAAGAAAGCAGCUUUCGACAACUUCAAGGCGCAGUUAAGCAGUUGGAUGUGAAAACAAAACUGUGCAUUAGAGAUGGUUUAUACCGCCUUGCAAGAAGUGCACAAAAUAGACCAGUUUUUUCCAGUGCGGUGAACAGCCAUGGAGAUAGCCAGGAUGUAAAGGAUACACAAAAUACAGAUACUUCGGGCAGGUUUGUUGAUCGUAGGAGCAUUGAGACGCAGACAAAUCCAAUCGACCGUUCUAUAGCACUUCUGCUUUUUCAUCAGCCAUCAGACCAAGUGGCUGGAGCUGUUGACAAUCCUCGGCACUAAAAUCAGAAUCGUAACCACCAGGCUUCUGCUAAAAAAUCUAGGUUGCAAAAAUUCUGAAGAUGGCUGGUGGAGAUUCAACGAUGGCCUCUAUUCAUGUAUAUUGUAGUCAUGGUCGCUGUGAUUGCAGGGGAGCAAUUGUAAUGGCUAUCCGCCAUGAGCUGGUUAAGCAGUUUACAGCUACCAAGACCGUUUUAGCUGUUAGUCAGCUGCAAGCAAGAAAUGUGUACACCAGUUAACCAGCUAGCUUUGACUGUGCGUACCCACAUUGUGAAUUCCGUUCGUGAAGCUCGACUUUUGUGUUCGUUCUGACUAACAUUUUGUGUAAUCUCGAGACAUAGAUUUUGAUAUUGACUUGUAUAUUCAGGUGGCCUUUUUAUGUAAUAUCUUGAACGUGGAGAAUCUCUGGUUCUAUGCAGGACAUCCCUUGUGUAUUCA